CUUCUUUACGCUUCUGAAGGAUAACAGCUCAUCCGUUGGUCUUAGGAACCAAAAACUCUUGGUGCAAAUCCAAGCGGAAGCUAUGACCCCAACAGCCUUAGCCAUAUCAUCCUCAUUCAUUUUAAUCAUUACAGUUCUUGUUCUCCCGCUACUCACAACGCUAAGUCCUAGCCCUUUAAAAUUAGAAUGGGCAGCCACGCACGUUAAAACUGCCGUCAGCACUGCAUUCUUCAUUAGCCUAUUACCGCUUAUAAUUUUCCUGGACCAAGGGGUGGAGACUAUUACUACGAACUGACAGUGAAUAAAUACGCAAGUAUUUGACGCGAACAUCAGCUUUAAAUUUGACCACUACUCCCUUAUUUUCACCCCAAUUGCCCUUUACGUAACAUGAUCAAUCUUAGAGUUUGCACUAUGAUAUAUACACUCCGACCCUAACGUUAACCGGUUCUUCAAAUACUUACUCUUGUUUCUGGUGGCCAUAAUUAUUCUCGUUACAGCAAACAACAUAUUUCAACUAUUUAUUGGCUGGGAAGGAGUUGGCAUUAUAUCCUUCCUACUCAUCGGCUGAUGACAUGGGCGAGCAGAUGCCAAUACAGCAGGCCUCCAAGCAGUUAUCUAUAACCGUGUUGGAGAUAUUGGGCUAAUCUUCGCUAUGGCCUGAUUCGCAAUAAAUCUAAAUUCUUGAGAGAUUCAACAAAUUUUCUCUUUAUCAAAUAGCUUUGACAUAACAACUCCCUUGAUUGGACUCAUCCUUGCCGCAGCGGGAAAGUCGGCCCAGUUUGGCCUGCACCCAUGACUCCCAUCAGCCAUAGAGGGCCCGACGCCGGUAUCAGCGCUACUUCACUCCAGCACCAUAGUAGUUGCAGGCAUCUUCUUAUUGAUUCGCCUUCAUCCACUUAUAGAAAAUAAUAAGCUGGCACUAACGAUUUGUCUGUGUCUAGGAGCAUUAACCACCUUAUAUACAGCCACCUGCGCCCUAACACAAAAUGACAUCAAGAAAAUUGUCGCCUUCUCAACAUCAAGUCAGCUCGGAUUAAUAAUAGUUGCAAUCGGGCUAAACCAGCCACAGUUAGCAUUUCUUCAUAUCUGCACACACGCAUUCUUCAAGGCCAUACUUUUCCUAUGCUCUGGGUCUAUUAUUCAUAGCCUGAAUGACGAACAAGAUAUUCGCAAAAUAGGGGGCCUUCAUAAACUUAUGCCUGCCACCUCAGCCUAUCUUACGGUAGGAAGCCUAGCAUUAACAGGCACUCCAUUCCUUGCCGGAUUCUUCUCAAAGGAUGCUAUCAUUGAAGCCCUAAACACCUCCUACCUAAACGCCUGGGCCCUAACUUUAACACUGAUUGCCACGUCCUUCACUGCAGUUUACAGCUUCCGAGUCGUAUAUUUUGUUACUAUGGGAUCCCCACGAUUCCUUCCAUUAUCCCCCAUCAAUGAGAACAACCCAUCAGUCAUCAACCCAAUCAAACGACUUGCCUGA